AUGCCCAGAUCAAAGAAUCCCAGCCAAGGGCUGCCCCGGGACAGCAGCGACCUAUGUGGUCUAAGCCCGGUGGAGACCCCGAAGGGCUCAAGGAAGCCUCCAGGAAAUAAGAGAGCCCGAUCCUUGGACCGGCAGGUUCCCAGGAAGGACCCCGAGUCCUCGAACACCAGGUGCCCCUCCAGCGCCACCUGCAGGAGGACAGCCAGCGAUGGCGCCAGAAGUUCUGAGAGCCCGGCUCACUCUGCAGAGGCCCAGGGCGCAACCGCCGCAGCCCUCCCUCCGGGAGAGGGGCGCAGAUUUCUCCCCAGUGAGCAGGAGCCCCCAGAAGACACCAAGAAAGAGAGGCCUCCGAGGGAGGUCCAGCAGAGCUGGCUGAGGCUCGUGCUGAAUCUCUUACUCAUGCGGAUAGAGGAGCCCAGAGAAAAGGCCAGCAGGGUGUCAAAGGGGAAAGGGGACCUACCAGAGGCAGCCGAGGAGCGAGCCCUCAGGAAGAAGUCGCAGGAGAAGAGGACCAGCCACAAGAAGCACACUCACAGGAAGCCUAUAGCCGAAGAGCCUCCCGGGCCCCAGACCGCAGAAGCGCGAGGCCAGGAGGACAUACCGCCCAGUUUGGCUGCCUCACGAGCCCCCGAGGAGGCAGACCUGGGGCUGAUCUGCAGGGGGGGACCAGAUUCUGACCUCCCUCAGGCCUUGCCCACUGAAGGAUGCCAUGCUGAAACCCCAGACAGCUCUGGCCAAGCCUCAGGUCUUCCAUCAGAAGAGGACCCCAGAAAGCCUGACCAGGAUGACGUCAUCUGGCAGAUCGUGGAAUUGCUCAAGAAAGCUGGAGACCAACUGGAAGAAGAGCAAGUGCAAGUCCCUCAGCCAGAAGCGGUUCCUCCGCGAAGACCAACGCCACCCCCCAGGAAGAAAUCCCAGGAGAAAAAGUCCAGCCUGAAGAGGGUCUUGUCCCUCAAGAAGCCUGCCUCCGAGGAGCCCAAGAGAGUCGGCACAGCCACUACCCUUGGCCCAGACACCCGGCCCAAGAGGCCCAGCUUCCUACCCUUGUGUGUUAGUAGCCCACGAACUUCCACCUCCAGCAGCGUUGACUUGGAGGCGCCCACGUUCCAUGCGGCCCGGUCUGUCGAUGGUGGAGGCUCCCAUCCCUCUGAGCUCCACACACCAGCUGCCGUAUUUCAGGGACCCGAGGAGAAGCCACUGCUCGACAGAGCCUCCGAAUCCAGAGAAUUCAGGCGGAAGAUCCUGGCCCUGCUCCAGAAGGCAGAGGAUGAGAGGGGAGAGCAGCAAGCUCAAGUGCAGGAGGCAGAGGAGGCCCGAGAAAACCCGGCCCCAGCCGGCAAGGUGAAGUCCCAGGUGAAGAAGUCUAACCUCCGGAGAGCCUUUUCUCUAAGGAAACAUGGCUCCAAGGAUUCUAAGAGAACGGAGGCUUCAGGGACUGCAGGCUCUGGCAGCCCGGAGGCCCGGCCACCCAAGAGGCACGGCUUCCUGCCCAUGUGUGUCAGUGGCCACAGAGCUUCCAUCUCCAGCAGCCCAGAAAGCCUGGAGUUCCAGAAGACGGAGGCUGCAGGAGGGGGACCAGCCGGGUCCCCAGGAGCGCCUUUCCAGGCCAGGGGUCACACACCAGACGAGGGGCCUUCUCCAGAGAGAGCCUGGCAAUCUAAGGAGUUCAUGAUCCAAAAGCUCGUGGCGAGUCUCCAAGAGGUGGACAGGGAUCUAGGGAGGCAGAUCCAGAAGUACCCCAGCUUCAAGCGUUUUUUUAACGAGUUCUCAGAUGCCUCCCUCAGGAAGCUGGUGGCCACCUUAGACAGACAGAAGGCCAGCCUCUCAGAGGAAGGCCAGAGCCUGGCCAACAGGCUGCCACCCUGUGCCUUUGGCACACUGAACAAGUUUGCGGCCAACCACAGCUGCGCCAUCUGCACACUGAUGCAGUCCAGAGGUGAAUACAAGGGACACAGUUACGUCCACUUCCUGUCCAGGAAGGCCCAGCAGGACAUCACGAAUCUGGAUAGCCAGAGUCCGGACUGA